AUGAAGCGCUCGCGCGCGCUCGCGCUCGCCGUCGCGCUCGUCGCCGCGACGACGCUCGCGUCGGCGUCGCACCGCUCCGCCGCGGACCUCACGUCGCGACUCGUCGACUCCCUCCCCCUCUCCGCUCGCGGCGGAGGAGACCCGGUCCCCGAGGCGGUCCUCCUCGCCGUGCACGUGCGCCAGUCCACGAACGACACCGACUCCGUCGAGCGCCUCGCCGCGCGCGCGAUCGCGGACGUGGACGGACGCGGGCUGACGUUCGCGACGCGCGACGGCGACGUCGAGCGCCGAGUCGUGGACGCGAGAGUCGUCUUCGAGAACGACGCGAGCGCGCCGUUGACGUUCGCUCGUCUGAACGACGUCUUAGGCUUGCGCGAGUCCAAGAUCACGCCGGAGAAACUCGUCGAAGCGUCGCGCGCGGCGGAGCGCGCGCACGUCGGCGCUUCCUUCGACGUCUUCAGCGGCGUGUACGGCGCCGCGGUGAAGACGACGGCGUUGCGUUGGCUGUCGCAGUCGGCGACGCACGAGAACGCGUGGGUGAUCGAACCGGACGUCGCGUGGACCGGAGAAGAUUGGGUGAGCCUGUUCGAGAGGUACUACGACGACGGCGCCGUCGACGUCGACCUCGUGACCGUGAACGCGACGAUCGGAGAUGCGAAGAAGAUGGCGAAGUGGCCGCACUACGGAAGCUGCGAGUUUUGUCGCGAGGGCGACGGCGUUUGGCAGCGCGCGUUUUUGCCCGUGUUUCGCGUCUCGAAACGCCUCGCGACCGCGGUGAUCGACGCGCUGAAGAACGGCACGACCGGUCACCACGAGGCGUUCAUCCCCACGGUCUGCUCGCGCGCGGAGUGGUGCACGUGGGUCACGAUCAAGGAGACGUCCGCGUGGUUCCGGUACCGGCCCGUGCUCGCGGAGGCGGAAGUUGGAGAAAACGGCGCGCGCGACAAGCUGUAUCAUCCGAUCAAGGACCCGGUCGUGUACCGCGCGCUGAGGAACGCCACGAGCGACGAGAAGGAUUCGCUCGCUAUCGCCGCGACGAAGUGA